CUGGCGGAGCCACUGAUCGCCCGGGACCGGCCGAGUGUAAUCCUGCAUGAAACCGUGCGGCUUUUCAGGCAAGCACAGUCCGCCGCGAUGAAGCUUCCUUUGGCCGGGGCCGUGCUGCUGUCGGCGGCCGCCUACUACGUCUACCUGCCGCUACCGAGCGGCGUGAGCGAGCCGUGGAAGCUGAUGCUGCUGGACGCGCUGUUCCGGAGCUUCAUGAAGGCGAGUGACGUGGCUCACGCGCUGGGCGUGUGCCAUCGGGUCCACCUGUUGAACCAGGUGGUGUCCUGGGUGGAGGUGAUCGAGGCUCGCUCCGGCCCCACGGUGCUCGUGGCUGACUCCACGCUGGGCGGCGUGCCCACCCGGGUCUUCCAGCCGAAGGCGGGGAAGCAGCUGAAAAGAGGAGUCGUAUACUUCCACGGAGGAGGAUGGGCCCUCGGCAGUGGACGGAUGCGAUCAUAUGACCUGCUUUGUCGGAAGAUGGCGGAGGACCUGGACUCUGUUGUCAUGUCUGUGGAUUACCGUCUCGCUCCAGAGGCCGUGUUCCCAGAUCAGUACCACGAUGCGUUAGCGGCGUCGCGGGCCUUCCUGUCCCCCGAGGUUUUAGAGCGCUACAGCAUCGAUCCGGAGAGGGUGUGUGUGUCCGGAGACAGCGCCGGAGGAAACCUCGCAGCUGCUGUGGCACAGGAGCUCAGCUCAGAUGACAGUCUGACAGUGAAGUUCAAGGUCCAGGCUCUGAUCUACCCGGUGCUGCAGGCGCUCGACUUCUACACCCCGUCCUACCAGCAGAACCAGGCCGUGCCCAUCCUCUACAGGCCCUACAUGGCUCGUUUCUGGCUGCAGUACCUGGGCGCCGACUCCUCCCUGGAGCCCCUCCUGCUCGCUAACAACCACAGCUCCCUGGACCAGCCGACCAUCAGCGCCAGCACCCGCUCCAAGCUGGACUGGACCGCUUUGCUCCCGGCUAAACGCAGGAAACACUUCCGGCCGGUCGUCAAAGAAACGGGAUCGCCGGGGGUGAUGGGCGAGCUGCCGGAGCUGAUGGACGUGAGGGCGGCACCGCUGCUGGCGGAGCAAGGGGUUCUGGGUCGGACGCCUAAAGCAUACGUGAUGACCUGCGAGUAUGACGUGCUGAGGGAUGACGGGUUGAUGUACGUCAGGCGCCUGCAGGACGCCGGCGUCACGGUGACCAGCGAUCACUACGAGGACGGUUUUCACGGCUGCAUGGUGUUUGCGUUCCUGCCGAUGAUGUCUAGCGUUGGACAGAGGAGCAUGAACAACUACAUCCACUGGCUGGAGCAGAAUCUGUAGACAAUCAAUACAAUCCAGGAUCUGUAUGGUCCGUGUGCGGAACCAAAGAUGUCCUGGAGCAGAAAGUCUGGUACUUGAGAGCUCCUUGUUGGACCUGCAGAAAGACUUUGGUUAUCAUAAAUGUAAUCGUGGUCGAUUCAUUCCUGGUGAGAACUGAUUACGCAGAAUGUAAACAUGGAGGAGGUCACUAUAGUGUUAAUGUUGGAAGAUCUUAAUAACAUCUCGUGGAUGUGCAGCGAUUAAAGCCGCAAACGUGCAUUCAAACACGUCUUUUAUGAGCAAAUAAAUCAACGCAGUGUAGUUUAAAAUCUGGAAUUCGAAUGGACCACAAAGCGUCCUCGCUGGACCCUGAAACCAAAAUGUUUUCCAAUCAAAUGUAACCAAAGAAAGUGACGCUUUCACACUUACGUCAAAGGCCAUAAAUCCAAUGCAACAGUUUGGAGAGUGACAGUAUACUUCAACGCUCAUUAUUUUCAAGACAAACAAAAAUCCUGGAGUUUACAGAAGGGCUAACGAGGUUUAUGUUCAAUAACAGAACAUUGUUAAAACACUAGAGCUACAGGACGCUCUCUAGUAAAACCACUGCUAUUAGUAUCAGUUUUUAAAAAUGUCUACACUUACUGUACGUAGAUAUAAUACGGGCUAGGCUCAUCUGUGUUGAACAGACAACCAAAUUUUGAAGAUGUUACAAGAUAAAAGUGACAUAUAAUCACACUAAAAUUAGUUUUCAGGUGUAACUAGCUAGCUCACGAUUGAUGUAGAAUAGUCAGUUAUCAUCGACAUAUACAGAUAGAUGGACCUUGCGUCUCCACUUUCUGCCACUGUACGCAAGUGAAAACAAAAUAUUCUGGUUAUGGCCGCUGCUAUCUUGCGCUGGUAGCGUCAUUUGAGUCAGAAUUAAAACUUAUAAUAAAAAGCGAACACUCGAACACAUCAACGUAAUAAAAAUUACCUAAAAAUUACCUAAAAAAAGCUUAGCACACAGCAUAUCUGAGUACAGGGAAGGAGAAAGUUGCCAUUGGAGUUUUAAAAUCAUGAACACAAACACAUCAGAGUCGUCCGGUUAAACUGUCUGUUACGGUUGUUAAUGGUGUUUAUUUGAUGUUUAAUAAACAGAUAAAACAUUGGAUAUAAAGCAUCGAUAUAAAAGUCAACAACCUUCGAGGGGAAACAUCUGGACAAAUUAAAACUCUGGUAUGAUUUUGUAAGUAACUGUAAAUGAUGAGCUUUGAAUAAGUUGCCUAACAGACUAGUCUUAGAGCUCAAAGUCACUCUUCAAGUUUAUCUUCAGCUUUUAUUCUUUUACGAUGCACUGAGACACUGAAACAGUUUGCUCACACACACACAAACAGGCCAGUCAAGGUUACAGUGUGUGUGUGUGUGUGUGUGUGUGUGUGUGUGUGUGUGUGUGUGUUCGUGUGU